AUGAUAGCCAGGCGUUCUUUCUUGGGGGAGUGGAAGGCUGACGGUGCGGUAUUGGCAUGCGAAAGGUGUAGUGCCAAGUUUACUUUUAGUCGUCGACGCCACCACUGUAGGUACUGCGGUGGCAUUUUCUGCGCCUCGUGCUCCAACAUGUUCCUUCGCAUACCGAACUUGCGGACUACGAAACCGCAGCGUAUUUGUCUUACGUGUUGUGCUUCAUUUUUUAAGCCAAUAUCAGAACCCGCUCCAUCUGGUGAAGGCGGUGAUGGCUACAGUAGACAGUCCGGCGAUGCUCCUGGCUUUGGCCAUGGAUGCCUCACAUCGUCUGCCAAGCAUACAGCACCCUCCGACGACGACGACACUUCGGUUCUGCAGGCUAGUCAGACGGGCGAUGACGUAGGGAAUGAGGUGCUCUACGAGGGUGAGUACUGCGAUAGUGAAACCGACAGUGAUGAUGUUUCUGCUGCUGUUGCUGGUGUCUACUCGUCCGUUGAUGAUGGACAAUGUACCAAUAGCAUUUCCUUCAUCGCGGCCUUGCAGGACAACCUAAGAUAUUCAGAAGACCCCGAUGUCAUUAGUGUCCUCAUGUAUGUUUCACCUUCAAGGUACCAGGUGAUUUAUAUUACAGUGGAUGACAACGAAACCAUGUCAAUGCUCGUGAGGCGCCUAGUAGACGAUUAUUUUCGACUAGAAAAUGGCCCAUUCAAGAGCCUGGGUGACACAGAGAGGGAUGUCCUAUUGAGUAAUCUAAGGUUCUCAAGUGAAUCAGUGGUGGUGGAUGAUGCGGCUAAUGCUAUUGAUGUGACAUCCCAGUACAAGCAUCUGGUACUCUCCACUCUCCCUGCCAGAGAGCUGCAAAGGGUGCGCCGUGAUAACUCCAUUCGUGACUUCUUCCGCAGCGAACACAGCGCGGAGGAUGGGGAUGACAUGAAAUGGUAA